ACGUGACCCAAAGCAGCGGGGGCGCGCCCGAGCAGCCAUGUCGGUGGCGCCCGGGGAGCCGCGGUCCGGGCCUGAGGCCGCCGCCCGGUUCUUCUGCACCGCGGGCCGCGGCCUGGAGCCGUUCCUGAUGCGGGAGGUGAGGGCGCGGCUGGCGGCCACGCAGGUUGAAUAUAUUUCCGGAAAGGUUUUUUUCACCACCUGUUCUGAUUUGAAUAUGUUGAAGGAAUUAAAAUCUGCAGAAAGAUUGUUUUUGUUGAUUAAAAAGCAGUUUCCACUUACUGUUUCUUCUGUAAGUAAAGGAAAAAUAUUUAAUGAAAUGCAAAGACUUAUAAAUGAAGAUCCAGGAAGUUGGUUGAAUGCCAUUUCAAUUUGGAAAAAUCUUCUUGAACUUGAUGCAAAAAAGGAAAAACUUUCUCAGAGAGAUGAUAACCAAAUGAAAAGAAAAGUGGGAGAAAAUGAAAUCAUCAUUGCCAAGAAAUUAAAAAUAGAACAAAUGCAAAAGAUGGAAGAGAAUAGGGACUGCCAGCUGGGAAAACAAAUAGAAGAAACUCUGGAGCAAAGAGAUUUUACCACUAAAAGAGAAAACUUUCAAGAAGAAGCAUUUCAGAAUGACACGGAGAAAGCAACUGAAACUCAUAAUCAGAAUGACUUGACUUUCAGAGUAUCUUGUCGCUGCAGUGGAACUGUUGGAAAGGCCUUCACUGCACAGAUGUCCUUUGUAUUUGGAAAUCCUGAUACCAUAGUCCUCAACUUUUGGGGUUUCUCUUCAGUUCAGCUUUGUGCUUAUUCAGUGGCUGCUCUGCACGGGUCCUGUACAUGGGAUUGUCACCAGGACCUAGACUGCAAAUGCAUGUGAGGUCUCAGCAAUGUAGAGAAGAGCGAACACCACAAACUGUUGCCAUCACUAAACCUCAUCAGUUGGCCCUUAUAAAGUUCAGUGAUGUUAAAGAGCAUUGGUCUGAAUAUGUUAUCAACUUUAAAAUCAGUCAGACCCUAAAGGGAGGUAGGAAAAGUAAUUGGAAUUGCUCUUAUGAAACACUUUGGAUGGAAAGCAGACUUGAGGAAUCCAAAAUUAGAGAUCUUUAUACAUCUAAAUGACAUUUAUUCUGUGGUGGGGAUUCCUGUGUUCAGGGUUCCUCUAGCCAGCAGAGCUUACAUCAAGACAGCUGGACUGCGAUCUACCAUAGCGUGGGCAAUGGCAUCUCUCGCUGACAUUAAGGCUGGUGCAUUUGUUUUAGAUCCAAUGUGUGGACUUGGAACAAUACUUUUGGAAGCUGCUAAAGAAUGGCCAGAUGUGUAUUAUGUAGGUGCUGAUGUCAGUGACUCACAGUUACUAGGUACUUGGGACAAUCUGAAAGCUGCAGGCCUCGAGGAUAAAAUCGAAUUACUUAAAGUCUCUGUUGUAGAAUUGCCACUGCCUUCAGAAAGUGUUGAUAUUAUUAUUUCUGACAUUCCAUUUGGGAAAAAAUUUAAGUUAGGAGAAGACAUCAAAAGGAUUCUACAAGAAAUGGAAAGAGUGCUUCAUGUUGGUGGAACCAUUGUAUUGUUGCUUAGUGAAGAUCACCACAGGCGCCUUACAGAUUAUAAAGAGGGCAGUAUCCCUUUCAAUUCCAAGGACAGUCACACAAAUGAACCUGGAAUUAAAAAGUGCUUGAUUCCUGAAGAAAACACUGGUGCAUCCAAGACAGUGUCAACUUCAUUCGAAGCCAGUAACCACGAGUUCUUAAACAAAAUGUCACCAUUUGGCUCCUUGGUCCCAGUAGAAUGCUACAAAGUUAGCCUUGGAAAGACAGAUGCGUUCAUAUGUAAAUAUAAGAAGUCACACUCUUCUGGACUGUAGCAGGCUUGCCACCAUUAGCCAGGGUCAGGCCCUUGUAAGUUAGCUGUACAGCAGAAGUUUGCUGUCUCUAGGAUUCAUAUAGCACCCACAAAGCUCCCAGUAACCAGAUUCCCCCAAAAAUAGGAGGUGUGGCUGAUGGGUACAUGUGCUUGGUAAGAGUUUCUGCUUUAUACUUUAAAGUGCUUAAUGUUUUUGACCAAAAAAAAGUUACUGAAUAUUUUUUAGACUUAAGUUUUAUAUUCACAUUCUGUUAGAAUGUGAAAAGAUCUGUUCUGCCCAGUUUCUGAGCAAAAACUUCAACUUCAAAAUAAAAGUUUUCAGGGGUUCACCUAAGUAUGUGACAGUCAACACCAGAUUGGGAUAUUUUAACUAUCCAUUUUUUGAACAUGUAAAAACCUUUAUAUGUAACUUCUUUUGAUAUUAAACUUGAUUUUUGAGCCUGUAA